AUGUGGAUUCUACCUUUCGUUGGCUAUGUCGGCUCCAUCGUGGGCUUUUGCUUCCUGACUUUGGCCAUAGUUGAGGAGCACACCGUAAUUGCGAAACGACUUCUAACCAAACUCAUCUACUUCAUCAUCGCACUACAAGUCAUACUCUGGCUUGUCGAUGGAUUCCCCUUUGGGCUCACCUUGAUGGGGGUCGCAUCGCAUGUUAUAUAUCUGGGGAAUAUGCGACGCUUCCCAUUCGUCAAGUUGACAGACCCUUUGUUCAUCGCCUCAUGUGUGCUCGUACUUGUCAAUCAUUAUUUCUGGUUCCAACACUUCUCUGAGGCGCAGCAGCGAUCCUAUUCGCGCCUGUCGUCUAUGUACGACCAGCCGGAUGUACCAAGUUUCACCGAGAUCGCCUCGUACUUUGGUUUGUGCGUAUGGCUUAUCCCCUUCGCCUUAUUUGUCAGUUUGUCUGCUAGCGAUAACGUCCUGCCCACGAUGGGUACCGAGCAACCUUCGCGUGACGUUGACGGGAAGAACAAGCGGCAGGGUAUGGUAAAAGUGAUUGUUGACAGCGUGUUGUCAGCUAUCGGAGAAGUUACCCGCUUAGCAGGGUGGAAGAAGCCAGACGACCGCUUCUGA